AUGAUAGUACGAUCAACAUUUUUUAAAUUAAUCACUUCUGGUAUUUUUAUUUUUGGUGUUGUUGUUCUAACACUUAAUUAUAUAUCAUAUCAUCAAAAUCGAGAUAAUUAUGAAUUAAUUGAUAAUAGUGAUGCAUAUGUUAUACCAAAUCAUAAUGGUGAUCCUUUAAUUCGUAUUAAAGCUGAUGUCAAAUCGAAUAGUAAACCAGCAAUAUUAUACGCUAAUGAUGGAAAAAUAGAUAUACCAAAAGAUCAAAAUGUUCUUGUUCGUGAAGCUGGUGAAAGCAAUUUUAAAAUACUUUUACUUCAUGGUCAAGCAUUUUCUUCUCAAAUAUGGGAGAAAAUUGGUACGUUGCAAUAUUUAGCAAGUUGGGGUUAUCAAGCAUUUGCUAUUGACUUACCCGGUUAUGGAAAUAGUUCAUUACCUGUUGUUCAAGAAACAGCUGGUGCACAAUGGUUGACAAAACUUAUACGUUCACUUCGUCUUUCAAAUUUUGUUAUUAUCAGUCCAUCUAUGAGUGGUCGCUUUUCUUUACCUUAUGUUAUACAAUCAAAUACUAAACAACAAUCUAUACGUGGUUUUAUACCAAUUUCUCCAGUUGGAACAAAAAAAUUUGAUAUAAAUAAUUAUAAACAAGUUCAAAUUUCAACAUUAAUUGUUUAUGGUGAAAACGAUGCACAAUUUGAAUCUGCAAUUAAUGAUCUUAAACAAAUUCCAUCUAGUGAAGUAUUAAUUAUUAAAAAUGCUUCACAUGCUUGUUAUGUACAACAACCACUUGAAUUUCAUAAUGGUCUUCGACAAUUUCUUUAUAAUGUUUAUCAUCCAAUUUAUAUUGAACAAUAUAAAAAACGUUUAGAAUCAAUAGCUACUCAUACUUCUUCAUUAUCAUCAUCAGUAAAGCUCAAUGAUAGUGAAGGAAAGAAACGAAAAAAAUUAACUGAGAAAUCAACAUCAAAUGAAAAACAACAACAUACUCAUUAG